CUACUGUACUUAUCAUAUAUACACGCUGUAUAACAGCGAAACGCGCAACAUUACGAGUAAGAUAGUGUGGUACACAGUGUUAUUGCACUAUGACAUAAAAGUCAUCGAUUUAUUAAGUUAUAAGGAAUACCGAUAUUUACGUGGCCCGCUUGCACAAUGUCGUACUUGACGAGGACCUUUAAUCGUGCCGUGCAACUUAAAACAAUGACGACGAAAGCUGCUGUGCCCUGGACGCAUUUGCAGAGGGUGCGAGUGCUCUACAAGAUGGUGCUGAGGCUGCAUCGCGGCCUACCCGACGAAAUACGAGAACUCGGCGACGUCUACGUCAAGGACGAGUUUCGACGACACAAAGACUGCGGUCCCACCGAGGCCAAUGUUUUUCUCAACGAAUGGGCGGAUUACGCAAUAAAUUUGUCGGAGCAGCUCGGUUUGAGGGGCCCGAAGACCGCCAAGCCGCUGGGCCAGGUUCUGGACGAGACGCUCAUCGACAAAAUGCGAGACGAGCAAGUUCACCAGUUGUACGAGCUCAUGUUGGCAGCGAGAAAUGAAAAAAUAACUGACAUUAAAGACAGCGACAACAAGAGUUGAUGUGAACGGAAUCCAAUUAAGAGACAGGCGCCUCCGGCAUUACAACUUCUUGUGCAGUCUUGUAAAAUAAUUAGAAUUAAGAAUUUUACUCAUAGGUAGCGAUUUUUUAACGAGUGAAUUUCAAUACCGUUGAUUGAUGUGACAGAAUGCAGACAGCUGAUGUGAAUUAUUCAUUAUUAUGAAAGUGCAAUUAAACAAAGUGCUGCCAUCUGUUAAACUUUUUCUUCUCCUCAAUUAUUGUUAAUGGCAAUGAACAUGCUAUCUUUUUCUCAAGCAUCGCUAGUCAUAUUACCAACAUCUGUACAGAUUAUCAGUUUCUUUUUACUGUAACAUCAAAGUGUUGUUCAUUUAAUUCUCUGCUGUUGAUUAAAUCAUUUCAAUUAUUUGAGAGAAAACUAACAUUUUUAAUUAUAAAAUAAAUGUAUUAAAUCUUAAUAUCAA